UCUUCGACAUCACUCUUGGAGGUAAGCAUAGCAACCUCGUAAAUGCCCUCGUCAUAUGGUCAACUUGGGAUGGCAAUGCCCUACAUUAAACAUCCCUGCCUAUGACCCUAGAUCUACCCUCACAGCCCCUUUCCUGGCCAAAUCAGACUUGUCUAAUUCUCUGUAGGUGAGCCGCUUGGCCGGAUCACGUUCGAGCUCUUCAAAGACGUGGUUCCUCGGACAGCAGAGAACUUUAGGCAGUUCUGCACUGGCGAGUCGAAAAGCUCCAUGGGCAGGCCGCAAGGGUACAAGGGUUCCAAAUUCCACCGAAUAAUCCCCAACUUCAUGUGCCAGGGAGGUGACUUCCUCAACGGCGACGGAACCGGCAGCACUUGCAUCUACGGCACCAAGUCUUUCGAAGACGAAAACUUCGCCAUCAAGCACACCGAGCCCGGUCUUCUUUCCAUGGCGAAUGCUGGUCCCGGGACCAACGGCUCCCAGUUCUUUAUCACCACAGUACCUACUCCGUUUCUGGACAACAAGCACGUGGUUUUUGGCAGAGUCGUCGACGGCAUGGAUAUUGUCAAGAAGAUGGAGGCCACCAAGACGGGUUACCGAGGCAAGGAUGUGCCCAACAUGGACGUGGUUAUUGCGCAGUGCGGAGAGAUGUGAAUGCUACCCCAAGUUAGACUCAGCUCACAGAAGGCCAUAUGAGUUUUCGUCAACCAACUGCGUUACUCGCUUCAUGACAGAUUGGAAAGUGCUCACCGCCUUGCCCAGCUGUGGAUGAGAACGAGAGCGCAGAGGAGCCCAAAGUGACUACGGCAUAUGUAAACCAAAUCGGAGCCCGAUCAAUGAAACGAUCUGGUAACAAAUCUGCAAUAUAAGGGGGUUACAUGUGGCCCUUCGCGCAGCCCCCAAGUUACGGAUUGGAGUUGAUGAGAGGAAAUGUAUUAGGAACGAUGGGAUCUCUAGAAGAGUUGGUGGACAACAACAACAUACGUACUAGAUCAUGAAUUCUCACCUCUGAUUUGAGGCCGGCCCUUCUCUGUAGCUAGCUAUCUUUGAAAAAGUAGUCAGUCUAUUUCGUGUGUGUCAACACAACUGAAACAAAAUAAGUAGAAGCCUUCAAUACCUCAUGUUCUCAUGAUGUCCAUGGGCUUGACCAUGGC